UUUGCUGGCUUGAAGGUCUCCAUUGUUGGUUUUUAAUGGGGUCUGUCUGCUAAGAAAGACCCCCCAAUCCUUGCAAAAAAAAAUACCCAAAAACCCAAAAAAAAUUCAAUUCAAUUCACCUCCUUUCUCAAAUGCUGUUAUUUCAUUUUCAUUCUCUUCAUCAGUCUCAUCAUCUUCUUGCACUUACUUAUACCAAACAAAGCUGAAUUAGAGAGAAAAAAGAGGAAAGGUUCAAUCUUUUUGGAAAAAAAAGACAAUCUUUAUGCAAUUUAAUUAAAACCCAUCAUCAAUUUUAUAUCUUUUCUUUACUUUUUGCUUUUGAUUUGAUGGAUCUUCAGAUCUGAAACUCUCUCGCUACCACAAGAAGUGUUUGUUUGUUUCUCUUCUUCUGGAUCUUUACUUAUAAGUGUGGGAGUCCCCAAUUUUAAGGGAAAAAUAUAACUGGGUUUCAGAGCUCAAAUCUUUAUUCCACGUUAUUAAGUCCAAAUUUGUGGCUAAGUCAGACAGGAAUAUGGGUUUCUAAUAUCAUAUGCUUGAUCUGUUAUGCAAUAUUGAUCACUAAUAUAUGUUAGUAUUGGGUGUGUGACAUUUCAUGUUAUUGUAGAGUUGCAGUACUGAUUGAGUGAGUAAUUGUAACAGGAGUGAAGGGGAAAAGUUUUGGUAAAAUAAGUGAGGGUUUGAUUUUGUUGGUCAAAAGUUGUUAAAAGUAUCCCAUAUGAAAUGUGGGGAAUUAGGAGGGUGGUUUGGUUGAGAUGAGGUAUGUUAUCUGGUUUCAUGAAUCUUCUGAGGGCCUGUUUGUGGCCAGUUUCGGAUCCUUCAAUCCACGCGGGUUCGGAUUCGAGUGGUGGACGCCAAGAAGGGCUUCUAUGGUAUAAGGACACUGGACAGCAUGUUAAUGGUGAAUUCUCAAUGGCUGUUGUUCAAGCCAACAGUCUACUUGAGGAUCAAAGUCAACUCGAAUCAGGCAGCUUGAGUUCACUCGAUUCUGGUCCCUAUGGUACCUUUGUUGGCGUCUAUGAUGGGCAUGGUGGCCCGGAGACUUCGCGUUAUGUCAAUGAUCACCUCUUUAAUCAUCUUCGUAGAUUUGCAACAGAACACCAGUGUAUAUCUGCUGAUGUAAUUCGGAAGGCAGUUCAGGCAACAGAAGAAGGAUUUCUGUCUGUUGUUAGUAGGCAAUGGCCUAUGAAACCCCAGAUUGCGGCUGUUGGCUCAUGCUGCUUGCUCGGAGUGAUAUGUAGCGGGACACUUUAUAUUGCUAAUCUUGGUGAUUCACGGGCUGUUUUGGGGAGACUUGUCAAGGCAACAGGAGAGGUUCUUGCUGUCCAGCUCUCGACAGAGCACAAUGCAUGCUUAGAGGCCGUUAGACAGGAGCUGCAGGCGAUGCAUCCUGAUGAUUCACAUAUUGUUGUGUUAAAGCAUAAUGUUUGGCGUGUAAAAGGCCUUAUACAGGUUUCUAGGUCCAUUGGAGAUGUAUAUCUAAAGAAGGCCGAGUACAAUAGAGAACCUCUAUUUGCAAAGUUUCGACUACGUGAACCUUUCAAAAGACCGAUACUGAGUGCAGAUCCAUCCAUUUUAGCUCAUGAGCUGCAGCCACAUGAUCAGUUUGUAAUAUUCGCUUCUGAUGGACUAUGGGAGCACCUUAGCAAUCAAGAAGCUGUCGACAUUGUCCAAAAUAAUCCACGUAAUGGAAGUGCUAGAAAACUAGUAAAAACCGCGCUUCAAGAAGCAGCAAAGAAACGAGAAAUGAGAUAUUCAGAUCUGAAGAAAAUAGACCGAGGGGUUCGCCGUCAUUUCCACGAUGAUAUCACCGUGAUUGUGGUGUUCUUUGACUCAAAUCUCGUGAGUCGUGCUACCAGUGGAUCUAAGGCCCCGCAAGUGUCAGUUAGAGGAGCUGGGGUUGCCCUACGUUCGAAUACUCUAGCACCCUCAUGAGAUAGAUGGCUCACUUAUGUUAUAUGACUUUCAGAAGAUCAGGCACGUUUUUGAAGAAGGGGAAGCAACAAAAGGGAGGUACUAUAACGUGUUUUCAUGAUGUACGCCGUAGCUACUUUUUUAACUUGGAACUGACAGGGUGAUGGUUAUGGUAGUUAAUUUCCUCAUAUUGACUCGUAUCUUUUGUUACGACGAUUAUUCCACUUUUUCCCUUAUCUAUUUGUUAAAUUCUAUUGUUUUACUUACUACUAUUUUGGAAGGGUGCUUUUAGGCCCAUUGUAUAAAAAAGGGAAAGAAAAGGUGCCAUUUUGGCCAUACACUUCAGUCUGGACUUCCCUGAAAAACGUUAAGCUAAGAUGCUAACUUUAAGGGGGCUUGAAUUGUGUGUUUUUCGCUUUCUUUUGAUUUGGGUUUAGAGAUAAUUUUGCCCUCACUUGGGGUUGUAGAUAUGGCUUUAUGAUAUUUUUUUUUGUUCACAUUUAUUGCAUAAACUGCCUCAAUGAUAGUAGGCACUAGGAGUCUAGGACCAUGGCUUUAGGUUGAAGCCUUUGGAUUGUUUUUCCUUAAGAGGAACUUGUAAAAUACGUUGGUAGUCAACUCCUUGAACAAUUGUUGCUUGCUCUUUGAUUACUCUUGUGGUGAUUCUAAGAUUGGAUUCAUAUUAUAUUGUA